AUGCCCUCACUAUUCCCCCCACCGCCGCCGCAACGUCACGUCCUCCGCCGGCUCCUCUUCGCCAGCGCCAUCCUCGUCGCCGCCGGCUCCUCCAACUCCUCCACCACUUCCGGUGAUGACCCAGAUCCGGGUCGCACCAGAGCUCUCCAUCCUAAUUUUCGCUUAGUGACGGAGAUGGACUGGUCCAUCUCUAAUGACGAGAUGAAGAACGGCCGAUGUCUUGUUAAAGACAUGGGGUGUCGAGGUUGCGCGAACCUCCACUUCAUCCAGCGGGUCAAGGCCCACUGCAAGACCGCGGCCCAUCUUCGAUGGGAGGACGAAAAAGCCCAAGAGGCCGAAGAGAACUCUUUCCCCCGCCCCUCUCCCCCCGUCACCAGACCUUCGGCCCACCGUGGUCACGGUAUUUUCGGCUUCCCCCCGGAAGAGCUCCCAUCCUCCUCGGAGAUGGGGAUGGAUCUUGAUCCUCCCACUCCCGAGAAUGUCCCUCCCGCUGAGUCGGACAAGGAUAGGGUCAUCCCUGACUCUGAGGAGGAUGAGAAUGAUGAGUUGGCAAGAGAAGGAGAAGGGUCUACCGUUCACAUUGUGCGGCGUGAUGUAUCUACCAACACAAGAGACAAUCCUACAGUCAUUUAG